AUGACCUUCAAAAAAAUCAAUCAAAACUGUGAUACCACACCACCACAUGAAGAUGACAGCCUAAUAAACCCUUUUAUUGAAUCACCUAAGGCAGGAGAUAGGAAAGGAAGACUUCCAAACUAUAAAGUGGGCAUGGAAAUUGAUCCGGAAUUAUUAAUUCAAGAAACUAAUGAAGUCACAGCUCCUUAUUCUGAGUGUUCUUUAACUAUAUCUCUUGGAAAAUUUGGAGAUUGA